UCCCGGGUCUUACCGGGUAGACAUCAGCGGUGUGUCCGGUGUGUGUUUAGCUGUAAUAAACCAUGUCUGCUCCCGUUAACAGCUCCAUCCGGCUGCGGCUCUUCUUUGACUACCCUCCUCCCGCCGUGGUCUCGUGCCGGAUGUGCUGGCUGCUCGUGGACCUGAACACGUGUCGCGUGGUGGCGGACCUGGAGAGCGUCAUCCGGGACAAGUUCGAGUUCAGCCGCGGGAGCAUCCUGAGUCUGUUCAUAGAGGACUGCUACCUGCCGCACACCGAGAGCAUCUACGUGGUGAGAGACAACGACAGCGUCAGGGUGAAGGUGGACUGUCUGGCCAACGGACACAGCAGCUGUCCAGAGACAACAAGAGAAACUUGCAGAAAGAGACAGAGAACCACAGACGAAGACGGACCAGCAGAGAACGGAGUGGGCGUCGAAUGGAAGAAGAAAAAGAGGAAAAGAAGGAGUGAGGAGAACACCCAGGAGGCUACCAAGCUGGUUUCAGGUGAUGACGGGGAUAAGAAGUUCAAAAAAAAACACACAGAGAAGAAGACGAAAAAGAAGAAAGUAGAGAAAAGUAGCCCUCCUGUCAACACCAAACCAGCUGCUUCUCCUAAAAAAACCCCGACGGGUAUCGAUAAACCAGCGAAAAGCUCCAAGAAGCCUCCAGCAGCAAAACCACAGAAACCCUCCUCUUCAGAUUCCAGUAGCAGCAGUGAGGAAGAUGAACCUCCCAGAAAGACUAAAACACCCUCCUCCUCCACCGCUACUACUGCUACUAAAACACCCUCCUCCUCCACCACUACUGCUGUUAAAACACCCUCCUCCUCCACCCCUGCUGCUGUUAAAACACCUCCAAACACCAGACCUGCCCAGAAGAAGCCACGGCCUCCUCCAUCGUCCUCUUCUGAAACAGACUCUUCCUCGUCUGAUGAGGAAACUAACGUGAAAAACAAACCUUUAACAGCCACGACUACCAAGUCUCAGCCAGCUCCUUCGGUCCUGCAGUCCACAGACUGUGAGCAGAAACAGACAGUCGAACCUCCUCAGGACUCAGACAGCGAGGAGGAGAUCCAGCUGGUUAUCCGACAGCCGCUGCUGCCGUCUGGUUUUGGUGUGGGGAGUCAGUACCCUGGACGAGGCCGUGGGAGGGGGCAGGGCAGGAGGGGAGGUGGUGGAGAGAGGGGCAGGGGUGGUGGCAUCAGAGGCAACUUUAGAGCCAAGGAGACGUCCUACGAGACGGAUUUACUGAGCAACGUGUCCGUGGUCCUCCAGAACGGAGUACAAGAUGCCCCUAAACAGGACUACAGCUCCAUGCCCCUGCUAGCUGCCCCUCCUCAGGUGGGACAGAAGAUCGCCUUCAAGCUGCUGGAGCUGACAGAGAACUACACACCAGAGGUUUCUGAAUAUAAGGAGGGAAAGAUUGUGAGCUUCGACCCCACCACCAAACAGAUUGAGCUGGAGCUGCUUAAUUCCUCUCAAGCUCCUGUAGAACCUGGAAAGUUUGACCUCGUCUAUCAGAACCCAGAUGGCUCAGAGAGCGUCGAGUACGCCGUGACCAGAGGAUCCUGGGUGACAGAACGGUGGGAGUCUCUGCUGGAGCCAAGGCUGAUCAUUUAACUCUGACCAAAAAUGUGAAUUUGGAUGCACGCCAGUUUCAGAAAGAUGGAUUUACCUUUUCUCUUAUUUCAGGAUCCUUCAACAAAGCUACGCUGAGACUCACUUCUUUACAAUGAAUAUGAGAACUAGUGGUUAUGAUUAAGAGAAAUAGUCCUGCUGCACAGAUGAGCUCCUGUGUAGUACUGAAAAUGUUAAAGUUGCUAUUUUUAAAAAGGAAAUGCUGUUUUUAUUAUGUUGCAGGAAGGAGUCGUUUCCUGACACAUAAGAGAUUUAUGUUUUGUACAGUACUGUCACUGAUCAGUCUUGAAUAAAUGUUUUUUUUCUAAUAAAACGAUGCAUCUUUUGCUUUAACU